GUAGCCUCAGUUACUCAAAGCCUCUCAAGAUUGACAGUCGAGUCAUAACUCUGUCGUAUUUGUCCCCACCAACACCGAACAUACUUCAAAGUCAAUUUAACAACUAGACAACACUAGCUACCCCUAUCGAUCGCCCCUCAAACUCGAAGUCAAUAUAUAACCUUUUUAUUUGUGUUCUUCAAUCUAGUUUUCUUAAGCUUAUAUGUCGGCCUUUCCGGAAACAACAAACCGGAUACACCGUGAAGAUAUAAAUAUUAACCCAUGUUUUGUAUCGAACUUAUGUGGUGUAAAACAGUAUCAAGUUGUAAGCACAAAUUGCCGAACAACAACUAUCACAUCAAUUAAGCUUAAUCGCAGCUAAACAACGGUUAGAUACUUCAACACGCCCGCGAACAAGAUUCAAGCGUCAGAAUACGAGUCAAAGCUGCAAGCAUAUUAAAAAAAAAAAAAAAACUACAAAUAUACCUACCUACUUGUGAAUGCUAAUUGACUUUGGCCGUAGUUGUUUUUAGUUGAUGUCAGUUUUGUAUCGUUUUCAUUGUCGUCGCUACGACCUACGAGCAUGAUGUUCUUGCUAUUGCUUGUGGUGCUUCUACACUAAUCCGCGCGACUACAACGACCCCUGAUACAAUUUUUUUUUUUUUGAGAUACCUACCUACUAGUUUAUUUUUUAUUUUUAUAUUUUUAGUUCUAUUAAAGUUAAAAGUGUUUAAUAGUGAAAAAGCCUAGUGCCAGUUACAAAAAUAGCAGCAACUUACAAAAGUAGCUAUCAUUUACGGUCCGUAUCAACAAUAAUAAAACGCCGGCUUCCAUUUCGUAUCAAGAAUCCGUCAAGUCGAUCGGUCAGUCUUAUUUAUAUUGAAAUGUCUUCUAGUUUGUUGUUGCUGAGUGCAUUAGUGAGUUGUUUUUUAGCGGUCUUCGUUAAUGGCAGCCUUGAAAUGGUGCAUAAUUUCAGCCAGAAUGAGAACCAUCAACUAACAAGCUCUCAGCUUCCGUUAGAUCCGAUGAGGGUUAUUAGAGACGGUGGAACGAAAGUCAAUAAUGACAUAGUCCAGCUCUUCGUACAAUCAAUGAACACAUCUGCAUCAAUGGUUACAACAGGAACAUCAGCAGCAGCAGCAGCAGGAAAGCCAUCAUCAACGUUGUUCGAAAACGACCAUCAUCGCCAACUGCGGCGAUUACGACGAGAUGACAAUGUGAAGCCAGAUCCGAACCCGAUGACAGAUGAUGAGGAUGCCACCACCAACACCAGUUCCAGUUCUAGCUUUUCAUCGGAUGAAGUUGGUUGGUCGAACAUAAACGAAGAAGUCGAUAUGGUAAUUCCAAUGGUAUUAGCACAUUUGCAAGAGCUUGGCCUAGCGCAUCUCGACUUGCCCGACAUGCAGGAGAGUCUAUCUGUGAGACCCCUCUUCAUUACCUAUUCAGCAGGAUUAUUCCUCAAUAACGGUCUAGUGUACAAUCUAGGUGGCAUUCAGAGGAAUGGGAACGCAUUGAUGACAUAUUCCGAUAGGUCAUUUGUAUGCCGAUUUUAUCUGCUCAUCAAGAGCCUUCAGUUUGAUUAUGACUUCGUACUUAAACUUAUGGCUGUGGUUGGUUAUGGCAAAGUGAAUGGAUCCUUAGACGAUACUGUUAUAUAUGCAGAUCUUUCAAUCAACGUAGAAGAUACUCGACUACGUUUGAAUGAUUUCCGGAUAAUUAAAUUUCGAAAUAUCCAAGUUCAAUUGAGUCAAAGGAGAUUCAUUCAAGAGCUGACCGGAGUCAUUUUGAGUCCAAUUACGAAUCUGUUUCGAGACAGAAUAACAACAUCCAUUUCAGAUGGACUCAAGGAACAAAUGCAAGGAGUAAUGGACGAUUUCAAUAACAAGGAUCCUUUGGAACUGAGGACAUUUGCAAAACAAAUGUUGGCCGGUCUAACUGGUCAAAGUUAGAAAUAAGACCAAUCGGAGUUAACUAGAUUUGUGUGCCAAAUAUUUAUAAAUGUAUGAAAGAGGGUUGGGAAAUAGAAAGAGGGGGGAUGAAGAAAUAAAGUGAUUUAGAUUGUCUACUCUAUUGUUAAAUAAU